GCCGCCAGCUCCUUCCGCGGUGCGGCCGCUCCUUCCACCCCACCGCGCUCGGGCAGACGGUGCCCUUCGUGGUGGACCCCGCGGGCGGAGCCCCUCCGGCACCACGCGGACGUGCGGGGGGGGCGGUAGCGUGAGCGCGGCGCGGGUGCAGGGGAGAGCCUCGCUUGGCUCGGCCAGAAUUGCCUCGGUUUUGCUGAAAGGCUGAAGAAUGUCUUCCGCUAACUACAUCCAGAUGUGCCUGCCUGGCAGCUCGCUGCCGGGACGGUACCGAGGGGACGCGGGAUCCGCGCUAUCAAAUGGGAUCUGAAGGACUGAUCGAAUAAGACAGAAGAUCUCUGGGAAGAGCAUGGACGAUUGUGCUGGACAGCUCAGCCACAGCUUUUAGCAGCCCCAGGAAGACCGCAGGGACAAUGAGAGUUCAUCUCAAGGGGGAUGCGAUCUGUACCCUUUUCCUGGUGGUAGCACUUUGCUCACUGCUCUACACCCAGCUGGAGUAUUUAGCCCCCAAAGGGGACAAGGAGCUGACACAGAAGAAGCCUUCAGUAACACAGAGAAUAUUCUCUGACCCCAGAGCACCUUGGAGACCCACACCGACUGAGGCAACAGUACCCAGACCCCCAUUAAUUCCUAUCACUAGACAAACAGAAGUGGCUAAUGGCAGGGUCCAGACCCCAGCCCCAUCAGCUGAUUCUGCCUUCAAUUUCAAGCGUUACCUCCUACACAAGGACAACAGGAACUUCAACCUCCUCAUUAACCAGCCCAAAAAAUGCAGGAGAAUACCUGGUGGCCCCUUUCUGCUCAUUGCUAUCAAAUCAGUAGUUGAAGACUUUGACAGACGAGAGAUUGUCCGGAAAACCUGGGGCAGGGAGGGUUUGGUGAACGGGGAGCAGAUUCUGAGAGUAUUCCUCCUGGGGACACCAAAGAAUAGGACAUCACUGGCAACGUGGGAAACUCUGAUGCAGCAGGAGAGUCAGGCGUACCGGGACAUUUUACUCUGGGAUUUCAUGGACACUUUCUUCAACCUGACCCUGAAGGAGAUCCACUUCCUGAACUGGGCUGCUGAAUUCUGCCACAAUGUGAAAUUCAUUUUUAAAGGUGAUGCUGAUGUUUUUGUUAACAUCGAGAACAUUGUUGACUUCCUCGAGAGACACAACCCCGCUGAGGACCUCUUCGUUGGGGACAUCAUCUACAAUGCCCGUCCCAUCCGCACCCGGAAGAGUAAAUACUACAUCCCAGAGACCAUGUAUGGCCUCAGCAUCUACCCAGCCUAUGCAGGCGGAGGAGGUUUCCUGCUGUCCAGCUGCACGAUGAGGAAGCUGUCCAGGGCUUGUGGAGAGGUAGAACUCUUCCCCAUCGAUGAUGUUUUUCUGGGCAUGUGCUUACAGAGAAUCAGCCUCAAACCCAUUUUGCAUGAAGGAUUCAAGACCUUUGGUAUUGUCAAGCCUUCUGCGGCCCCACACCUACAGACAUUUGACCCCUGUUUUUACAAGGACCUGAUGGUAGUUCACAGUCUGAAAGUUGCUGAGAUCUGGCUCAUGUGGAACCUGCUCCACAGCCCAAGGCUUUCCUGUACUCAGAAGAGGCAAGUGAAGAAGCCUUUCCAGUGGAAAAGGAAAGCACAAAUUGCAAUGCAGACAUCACCACCCCUCAGUUAAUGCAUGCAGACUGGCAGCAGAAAAGUGGCAAACUGGCUGAGAAAGGGAACCUGGAGGGCUUGCAGCCAAAUGAAAAGACUUUAGGAGUAUCUUAGUGCAGCCUAUUUACAAGACAAACUAUGGCAGGAAUUUGCCAGAAUUCCACAUCUGCUCACACACACCAUGUAGAUCCUUCUCCAUUUAUGUGUCCGAACAAUCAUAACGAUAUGUUUAAUUUAUUAUUAUUUAUUAGAAUUGCAGUAGUGCUUAGCAGAUCGCUGUGCACAGACAUUGCAAAACGCAAUCCACGGAGAUUUUUCAGCAGUGUUAGAAAUGUGCAAAAUGGAAGGAGGAUGAGGGAAAGAGAUGAAGCCAAGGAGCACAGAGAUCAUUGGCAGCUUGUUACCUUGAUUAGGGCUGGAGUUAUUCAGACUCAAUGAGAAACAACCAAACUAACAUGGUUAACUAGAGUUAAGGAAAUCAGCUGUCCUCAGCGGGUGCUCAGAUGAAAUUAUCACUGCCUGAUUGGCUUUCUGUAAGCCCCAGAAAAGAACAGCUAUUGAGUUGACGCAGACAGCAUGGACUAGAAGAAAAUAAGCUUAGGGUGACCAGGCCAGUUGAGCAGAAGACAGGUGGGUAAAUGACAGGGAAGGGAUGGAUUUACGAAGCAUUCUUUGUAGCAACAUGAGUUCAAAUUCAUGCUCCGCUGACACUGUCAAGACUCAGAGGACCAUCUUUUGGCACUUUAGGGAGAUCAGACUUUCUACACUGUGCUGAUUGGCACUCCGUGAAAACUCAGAGCUUUCCAGCAGCACCCGAUCUCUCUCUCACUGUCUAAUGCAGACCUUCGGAAAGCUUGCAUCUGGAGAGAUCCUUUGGCCUUUUGCUUGUGAGGGUGAAAAACACACAGAGCUGCUGCUUGCAUCACUUUUGAGAGCUUCUUCAAACUAAAGGAAAUCUUGUCAGUGGACUGGGCUGGCUUCUCUGGAGCUCAGUGCUUUUCCUGGUGUACUGUCAACUGCAAAGAGCAGCCAAGACUUUCAGCAUUGCUGUGGGUGUCAUGUGAAGGGAGAAAGCACUCUUCAGACAAAAGGGCUUCAGAAUAAAAGCCUUUCUAAACUUUUGGGGAAAAAAAACCCACCAGUAUGCUUUCUGUUGGUAAAGGACUUUCCAUGUUUCAGUUAAUCUAUAACUUCAUAAGUACUUUAAGUAUCAGAUAAGAACGCUAGGCUGCUUAGCCUUUCAAAGAACAGUCAGUAGUUCAAAGCAAUUUGUUUUUCUAGCAGCAGAUUACCAUAAAGGAACAUCCCUUCCUUGGAUAUCAAACAGUACAUCCCUCAGAACUGGAUUCCUCUCUGAAGCUGUAUUUGCGAAUCCUUUUGUAAUUUCUUCUCCCUCAACAACCCUCCUCCCCCCCAUCCCUCAGAGAACUCCAGAUGCCAUCCCUCACCAGGAGGGCACAUCCACACAGCCUCAGAGGAAAUGGCAGUCAGUCGUAAAUCUCCGGGAAGCGGCUUUAAUUUCAUCAGAGCCUGCAGUACAGAUGCAUUCAGACCUGGGCACAUCCUUCCUCUCAUCUGGCUGUAGGCUGACUUUGUUCUUGUAUCAGCUGGGCACACUAUGAAGGAAAACACACUGGUCAUACCUACUGAUAUUUGUAAUGUCUUACAUGUUACCUUCAUCUUCAGAGUUCAAGCCUUACAAUAAUGUAUUUCCAGGGAAAGGUUGUCUACGUAGGAAUCAAAGGGCCAUAAGCAGAAUAAGGGUAUUUUCAGGAAAGAUCCUGAAAUACAGAAUUCUCA